UUAUUCUUUCAGGAAGAUGCCCUGUGGAUUUCAUUUACAACGGGUAUCUUCCUAGCAACAAUGAUUUGGGUGUCACAUAUGAUGUUAAUUAUACGCAGUGUUUCUACAAAUGUGAAGCAGAAUCAACCUGUCAAUCGUUUGACUACAACUUUCAUUUGAAAGGUUGCUACAUGUCAUCGAGUAAUCAUACUAAAGCCGUUUUGCGUUGCAUCAAAACUGACAUUUACACUGAAAUAAACGGAAAACUUUGGAAUAACCUCAACCAGUCCCUUACACUGGAGAAGAUUGACUCUGUUGGAUGUGAUAUAAGAAUUUUCGACUCUUAUUAUUUCGUUGACAAAAAAGAAAUUAAUGGCCAGACAGCUUAUUCAACUUUUUCCUUCAAACAAAAUCCACAUCACAACCUUGUAACCGAGGCCCAAAUGGAUGCUCACUCGGUUCUGGAUUGUUCACGUUUAUGUAUGAUAUCUUCUACAUGUAUCGCCUUUUCAAAUACUAACACUAAGUGCCUACUAAAGAAACUGAUCUGAACUUUAAUGGAAUUCACCUGAAAAUUAUUUACUUUUCAAUGAAAUGUGAGCAAGAUCUCAACGGAUCAUGUUCGCAUAUAAUAAUUAUAUGAAAUAGAAUGUGUGUUUCUUUGUGAAUAAAAUCAAUUUAAUUCA